GAGGAUCCACUUCCUCGAAAAAUCUAAUUCCAUGAAAAAAAAGGUGGUUGUGGAUUCCAUCCCUGCAUCCGAAAAAACACUCGCUUCCUUCCCCAAUUCCUUCAUUGUUUUCUCUCUUUUUGUUCCUUCAACCUCUCUCUCCUUCCAUGUUCGACCCUAAGCCCAGGCUUAUUGACAGCGUCAUGACGGAGGACCAAAUCGGCGACGGCAACGACUGUGGUGACUGGAGGAGGCGACAACUGCUAUGACUGGAUCAUCCACGGCUUAUAUUGCUUCCACUACCAGCAUACCCAUGUUUGGAUCAUCACUCGCUGCUUCGGUUAAUAAUUGAUCAGAUGAGUAUGGAAGACAGCAUGGCAGAGGACCCAAUUCAUUCAUCUUCACCUCUGACUCCUGCGACUCCUGCAUUUGGUCAACAACCUGCCCCGCCUCAAUCCAAUUUUGGUUUUGGAGCACCGGCUCCAUCGGGAACUAGUCCCUUCCAGUUUGGGACUCAGCAGAAUAUUGCUCCACAGAGCCCAACCCCAUUUCAGGCUUCUAGCAGUCUAGAGGUCAAUGGCACCGGAAGUUUCUCGUUAGGUACUGGAGGCGGCGACAAGUCUGGUCGAAGAUUUGUCAGAGUUCGUAAAACUAGGGGACGCAAGAAAGUAUCAAGUGGUUCUGUUUCGUCUACCUCUAGGUUACCCAUAUUUGGAUCAUCCACUGCUUCUAUUGCUUCAACUGCUAGUACACCCAUGUUUGGAUCAUCCACGUCUUCUAUUGCUUCCACUACCAGCUCACCCAUGUUUGGAUCAUCCCCUGUUUCGUUCACUACUAGCACACCCCUGUUUGGAUCAUCACUUGCUGCUUCGGUUAAUAAUGAUCAGAUGAGUAUGGAAGACAGCAUGGCAGAGGACCCAAUUCAUUCAUCUUCACCUCUGACUCCUGCGACUCCUGCAUUUGGUCAACAACCUGCCCCGCCUCACUCCAAUUUUGGUUUUGGAGCACCGGCUCCAUCGGGAACUAGUCCCUUCCAGCUUGGGACUCAGCAGAAUAUUGCUCCACAGAGCCCAACCCCAUUUCAGGCUUCUAGCAGUCUAGAGGUCAAUGGCACCGGAAGUUUCGCGUUAGGUACUGGAGGCAGUGACAAGUCUGGUCGAAGAUUUGUUAGAGUUAAUAAAGCUAGGGGACACAAGAGAUUCUUGUAGAUUGCAAAGGUGCAAGUUUUCACAAUUUUGUAUCAGUAUGAACAACAUAAUCUUCUGUACUUUGAGGGCUCCAGGAUCAAGAUGUGGGCAACUAUGAUGUCCGGUGAGCUCUGUACUGUUACUUGUAUUAUAACUAGAAAUAGGUAUGAAUUAUUAGCUUGUAAUUUGCAUUUCCAUCGGGCAAUAUGUAAACCGACUUUCUUAGCU